AAAUUUGUUUUUAUUUGUAGUUAGUUAUAUAUUUGAUUUAUUAAAGAUAUAAUCAUAUUAACUACUCUAAUUCUUAACAUGAGAGCUGAAUACGGAAAAGUACUUAUGUAAUAAUUUAUUUUAGAAGGUUCUGUAUAUGUAUUUAUAAUUUUAAUUUAAAACCAGUGAAAUUAUGUGUGAUUUUUUUUUCUUACUAAUUAAUUUAAUUUGAAAUUCCUAAAAGAAAUUCCAAACUAAACCCGGUAUUCCCCGGUUAUUUUGUUAGGUUACGUACCCCAAACGGCUAUAAUUUUUUCAAUGUUCCGCAAAACACGCUUUUUCAAAAUAAGGUCGAUAAAUGAUAGUCAAAAUCACAGUCUAAUAUAUAUAUGACCUUAAGCUCCAUGCCAAGUCUCUUACAAAUCAUCAAAGUCAAUAUUUGCAUUUUGUAGUCAACUUUUCUCUGUCUUAUAAAUCUGACCCCAAGUUUGGAUAGUCAUAAAUUUAAGUAUUUGUUUCCUUCGUCUAUUCAUGUCAUUUUCACAGUCUUGUAAAUUGUAAUAUAAACGACCUAAACUCGGUAAACUCAUAUAUUAUGCUUUUGUUUCGUUUCGUUUGUUCUUCAUAUAACCUAAUUUUGUGGUCGAUUUCACAUGCUUAAUGUAUAAUUUUAUCUGUUGGAGUAAAAUAACGAAAUAGGCUUUUACUGAGAGAUGUAUAUGUACAAUUCUUUACAAGUUAUUUGAAUUUUUUAAAAAGAAAAAUGUGAAUCUUUUUAUUAUUGGAACCCGGACCGUGGUACCUCGCGCCAGAUGACAAAGUCGGCAGUAUUACUACAGUACAUGUACAAACUAAUACGACUUGAACAAAUUUUAAUUAACAAUGUUUUAAUCACGAAACAAAACUUAGGUUUAGUAGAGAACUUUAAUAGGAAUUGCACACUUGAUUUUGAUUUUCCCUGGUCAUCUAUGGAACUACAAGAUGUGAACCUGACUUACGAUAUAGCGAGUGCACUUAUAAUUAAAAAUCAAUAAGCUCCAUGACCCGGUCAAUUAACAACUUCAAAAAUCAUCAAACCUUAACGUAUAUUUACAUCAUUUAUGGGGUAGAAGUAUAUUUACAUCAUCGAUUGCGAAGCAUAGAAUAUGUUAUGUUAUUGAUGAGUAAAUAAAAGGACUCGAGACUUGAUUAAAUAUGUUUAUAUUAAAAAGACGCGUUAGUUUAUUCUACAUCAUGAGCUCUAUUUAAAGCACAAGAAGCUUUGCUUCAAACAUCAAAACAACUAAACAAGUACAAUCUUAAGGAAUAAAACAUUGUCUUUUGUUUGGUGUAUGUAAUGACAAUCUCUGCGAUGGGAAACAAACGUGUGGUUUUGGCGCUAGCAAUUUGUCUCGUUCUCUCAAGCUUCCAUGAGGUUUCUUGUCAGGUUGGCGGAACCAAUAAAUUUGGAACGUUAGAGGGUCAAGAAUCUGAAUAUAAUGUCCAAACAGGGAAAGCGACAUCAUCUGUGUCUCACUCGGUUGAAGCUGAGUCGGAAGCUGCUAGUAGUUAUGAAGCGGGUCAAAGUUCCAGUAGUUCAGACGACAUCAAACGUCUAAUGCAAGGUUUUAAUAAAAAUGAUGGAACUGAAGCUGAUUUAAUGGAUGCUUCUGAAACCGGUGCUUCGAAUCAGGAACGGGUGAAAGAGCUUCAACGCCAGAUGGAAGCUUCAGCAUCUAGCAGAACUGUUGUAGAAGAAGAAGAAAUCACAGAGGAAAAGAGUAAGCUGGAAACACUUGGAACCACAUUCCAAGGGAGUGAAAGUAGAGAUGAUGGAAGCGAUAUAAACCAAAUAUACUAUAAAAAUAACGGUGAAAAGGAAUCUGAGGGAAACCGAGGGUUCAUGAUAAAGGAACCGAUAAUAACUAGAAAUGAAGAUGAGUCAAUGGGAAGUCGUCAACAGUAUGAGUCGAAGCAAGAGUCAAUGGAGGGUCGUCUAGAGUAUGAGUCGAAGACAAGCAGUAGCGGCUCAGGGGUUAUAGGGUCUCUAUCAAUUGGACAGUCAGGUGCGUGGCGCUGUAUUAACCCAGACAAAGAUGGUGUUAAGGGAGAUGAUUCUAUGGUCAUACCAAAGUACGACUUAAAUGACAUCAUCAAGGAAGAAUCCAUUAAGGGAUCCUCGUCAAAGACCUCUAGUCUCAUAACAUCGCUGACCGAGAUUGUUGAUAAUCACAAGAAAGGACGAUGGACAGAUGUAAAAAUAGGAAAGGUUUCUACUACAGAAACAUCCGAGAAAGUAAGGAAGCUAAAAAUGACCUUGCAAAAGUAUGUUGGUAUAAAGGUACAUGAGCUCGUAGCUCGUUCGGAUUACGAGGAUAUACUGACAAUGGGUGCACGUUAUGAAGAACUAACCAGGGCUAAAGUACCCUGCAUAUCGAGGCUGGCCACGUAUGGGACAGUGAUAAGAGAAGGAUUCAAGGCCUCUCAGCGAGUGAAAACUGUGCACCAGACUGUCAUAUUGCACGAAAAGAUGGCCAUAGAGAAGCAAAAAAGGGUCGACGCUGAGUUCGAGUCAGUCAAGGCUUUGGCUCAGAAAGGAGACAACUUGGCCGUGCAAAUAUUCGCGAUGAAGAAGGCGGUGUUGAAGCUCGAGGCUGAGAAGAAACAAGUUGAGAUUAAAUUCCAGAGGAGUGUUGAGAAUCUAUCAAUCGUUCUAGAGGAGUCGUCUCAUGCAUACGAGAAGCAUCGUGUGGUUGUUCGCGAGUGGAAGGAGGUGCAAGCAUCUGCGGAAUAUUCUCUUGAGACCAUCCAGAAGGCAGAUGUUGUCUGGGUUCAGUUUCUCAACACUCUUACUUAAACAAAAAUACCUUUUUGUUGUUCUUUCUCUUUCAAUAAAAUUUGCUUAAUUUUGUUUUCGACUGUGAUCAUAUAUGGAAUAAAAUCAUCAUUAUAUACUAAAUUAAUAAACUUAUUUUAUUAA